UGACGUCACGCUCCCACAAUGCACGCGCUCUACAACUCUAGCGCCGCACAGAAGGGUCCAGGCCCUAAAAAUAAUAAAUGUAAAAUAAAUUGGGAAAAAUAUUUAACUUAAGAGUUGAAUGAAAAUGACGUAGAGAGUCAACGUGAAUGUUUUGAAGGGCUGUGAUAAGGAAACACUGGUUCUCUCAAUCAACAAGUGUGGCUGUGUGAGGGAACUCUUAUAUAAGGGAUCACAUUUGGGGGAAAAAAAACUGAAAAGCACACAAACUCAGUCACCACUUCAGCCCUUUUGGGUUGCUAUGGCAGCUGCUUCCACAGGUAAGGGAGGACAGACUACUUAUCGCCUGGAGAGGACACAGAACACUAAAGAAGAAACACUCAGCACUCUUCCCACAUCUUUCCAAUAACAGUACAGCAAAGGAAGGUCUCCGGUUGAUGGUUAAUCUGAAAGUACCCCAUGAGUGUUUUUUUUGUAUGGUCAGGCUUAUGGCCAGUAUCCCUCUGCAGAAGACCCAGUGCUGUUCCCUCUGGUAGAGGAUGUUCCAACAGCAAGACCACCUGAAGAGCCACCUGCAGACCCAUGACUCUAACAGGCAGGUGUUCCAGUGUGAGGAGUGUGGUAAGCAGUACAACACCCAGCUCGGAUAUAGACGUCACUUAGUGGCUGCCCACACCCCUGCUGCUUCCCUUCCAAGUGAGCUCCCCUGCCAAGAUGGGGCAGCCUCUCUUCUAGAGCAGCUGGGGAGUCACAAUGACAGGCCUCCUCCAUUGGAGGGUGCCACGAACCCUGCUGUAGCAGUCAGAGAGAGGAAGUACUCUUGUGAGCGCUGUGACCGACGUUUCUACACCCGCAAAGAUGUGCGGCGCCACGCUGUUGUUCACACUGGUCGCCGCGACUUCCUCUGCCCACGUUGUGCCCAGCGCUUUGGCCGUCGAGACCACCUAACCCGCCACCUGAAGAAGAGCCACAGCCAGGAGGCAGCCCCUACACCCUCGGGUACACCCACUACUCCCACAGCUCCUCCUACUCCCAUAACCCCAUGUCCGGUAAAGGAGGAGCCUAGUCCUGUGGCAUGUGACAUGGGUCCUGCCUCCAAGGAACCCCCAGAAGCCUUCUCUAUGGACAUGUACAACUCCUACUCCAUGCCCAACAUGGCCAACCCUGGAAUGGGCCAUCAUCACUCCCUAAUGCAGGGCUCCCUUUCCACAGCCAUUGGCGUGGGUCGUCACAUGCCUCCUCCCUCCCCUCACCCUCACCACCACCUCCAACCCCAGCAACAGCACCAGCAGGCCUAUGGUCAUAUGCCCAGGUACCAGCAUGGAUCUACCUCAUACCCUCGAAGUGACAUGGAGAGCUUCCUCAUGGACCUGCAGAGUGGAUUGCCCCCACACCUUACAGCUGCCCCUUCUUCCACUUCCUCCUCUGCCUCUCCCCAGAGGGACGUGCUUUCAGAGGCCCAGGGUGGACCUGGGGACCCCCACCUCCUGUCUAGGAGCCCUGCUCUUUCCACAGCUGAGCUCUCCUGUGCUGCUAACAUGGACCUGGGUCCUCUGCUGGGAUUCCUGCCCUUUGGUUUACCACCCUACAGUGCCCAUAUGAGUAUGGGAGGGCUUGUGAUGGGCUAUCCUUCUACCUCCACCUCUGCUGCCUCCUCUUCAGCGUCUACCCCGCCCCUGUCCUCUCAGACCCCAGGGCCCUUUACCAUCCUGCAGCCUCCACAAGCCCAGGUAUCCCAAGGCCCUGGACCCCACCACAACCAGCUACCUCAGGGGUUCAGCAGCCCUGCUAUGAGCACUUCCAACUCCCUACCUCGCUAUUACCAGGCCUUCCAACAGUGAGAAACUUGAUCCAGGACACAUACAAAACCAUCAUGAAGAACAGCAUAGGAAGUCUUUCUGCAAUGACUUGAAUAUCUGAGGGACAAGUAUUGACUUCCAAUGUGCUGACAUUUAUUUUGAAAUGGGCAAAAAAAUGGGAAUUGUACUUUGCAUGAGCCUUCUUGCUAAUUUAGCUUGUUUUGCUAAUGUUGCUAAUCAUAGCCAGUUUGCUUCCUUUUCUUACCUUGUUUUUUUUUUUUUAGAACACAACAAAUCACCUCGUCAGUAUUACCUCAUCAAAUAAAUAUUUGAGAGGAAGGAGAUCAUAGGGUAUCUUACUGCAACCAAAAAUGUUUUUUAUCAAAACUUGUUACAAACAAUGGUUGCACUUAUUGAAGUGAAGAAUGGCUGUAAAUGGCUUUAAAGCCUUAUGUUUCCCAAAAUAACAAUGUGCGGUACAAAAUUGAAAGGAAAAAAAAAACGUAUUUUCAAUAACGUACUGAAUGAGUUACUGAGUUUCCUUAGCUCAGUGUCAGUAUUCACACACUUCCAAGACCAGUUUGCCAUGCGAGUUUGCUGAUGUCAUGAUUAGUUGUUUAUACAAGUACUAGCGAAGCUGUAUUUACUCUACAUAAUUGAUCUUAUAAUAGACAAUUCAUCAAAGACCCAAAACACCAACAACAUAUUAACGUAUUUCAGAAUAUUGUCUCUUUAAAAAUUGGUUUUCCUCAAUGGAUACUCAAAUUUGUAGGGGUACAUUUAGCCUGAAUAUUGUUGCUGUGACAAGUUGGAGGUGACAACUUUGUGUGACAAUGUAAAAUCUUGAUGAGUUUAUCUUACAAGAAUUUGUUACUGAAAGGGGUUUUACCUUAUCGUUUAUCCCUACUUGCAUUUUAGUGUAUCAUUUAUUAUAGGCUUUUACCUAAGCAGUCAUGAGCCUUUUAAUGUUGCAACUUAUGUCUUAAACUGCUACUGUUGUGCCUCUCUAGGGUGAUCUAGCCUCUAGACCGGGUUUAAGCACUUAUGACAUUAUUAAAUAAAAUAAUUGAUCUCUUAUGAAAUGUAAUUUACCUCAACAAACAUGCGCUCCCUCUGAGAAGAAUAGGUUAUGAUCUUAUUUGUAUUUUCUUUCCUAGUUAUUUUGGCUUUUAUUUGUGCCAUUAGGUUUAAAGUGAAAUGGUAGAUUUUAAGAAUCUAAGUGUUCUUUUUUUAAUUAGCUAAAAUAGACACUAUUGACCCAUAACAUGCUACCUCUGUCUUAUUCUGUUUAAGAGCAUGGUUUAACAGCCACAAGUGUAACAAUUUAGAAGUCUGAAAAUAUAGGGUAUUGAAUUGUGGGAAUGGGAAACAAUCUUCUUGAUCAUUGUUGUGUGUACUCCUUCACUAAUAGUUGUAUAUCCUCAUUCAUAGAUAUGUUAAUCCAUGCUCAUUAAGCAUUUGUCCUUGUUGACUACCUCAUCGAAAAGUGACAGGUUACUCUCCAUCUGUCUGUAUAGAGUUUAUUUUUGUCAGUGGAACAAACGCACAUACUGUGUAGAUGUAGCUUUGUAUUUAGAUUAGCAUAGAACAUGGAGAAAGUAAGUGUAAGUGGAGUACAAGUAAUGACCCAAUGAAACUGUAUUGAGUAAUUCAUAUAAAAAUUUAUUAUUCUGAUACCGACAUUAGAUUUAGCAUGGAGCUAUACUAAUGUGCAGGUAUCACCACAACCUUUUUUGAAUUAGGACAAUAUUGGUCUAGUUGUUAAUCAAAUUAUAGAUUAAAGAAAUAUGAAAAGGUGAAUGGUUAAACUGCUCUUACAUAUUACUUUGUAAUUUGUUGUCAGAACAUUAAACAAUAAAGUAUUCUUUAGAUUUUGGUGA